CACCGCCCAGCUCAGUGUACGCAGUAGCUAUUCACACUUUACUGUGGUUUGUGUGCGCCAGGGGAAGUUAGCCCAACUUGCGCUUCUUGCGCCUCCUCUCCACCUCAUUAGCCCUACCGUCCUGUCCCUUGUCCGCCUGCAGACGGCCCUUCUUGGCCUCUCCCGCCAUCACCCGGCCCCCGCCCUCGCCGUGCUGCACCCCGCCAUCCGCAGCACUCGGGGCCGCCCGCUUCUUAUUGCGCCGGUGGCGCAUGUGGUAUCGGUGGCCGUUCUCCUGGGGCUGCUCGUGCACAGCAGCAGCAGCAGCAGGAGGGACAACGGCAGCGGCAGCGGUGGCAGCAGGGGGAGGUGUCUGAGCGUGGGCCGCCUCGAUGGAGGGCGGCUCGUAGACCGGCUCCACCUCGAUGUGCGGCGUGUAGGGCUGGAUGAACUGGCCGCCGACGUCAGCCGCCCAGUGCUGAAACUCCUGCACCCAACACACACACAAAUGGGCCAGGAGAGGUGGAGAGGGGUGCGUGUGAGGGAUGGAGGCACUCUGCUAGUGGUGUGGAUUGGGGUGGCUGGGUACCUGUUUGUCCAGAUCGUCAAAGUAGGGGUGGUUAACCGCCUCCGCCGCCGUCAAACGCUCAGCGGGGUCAAACCUAAUCAGACUGACACACACAGUUGACAGAGGAAUGCAGCCAUGGGAGGGAGGGAGGGAGGGAGGGUGCCUGAUGGGCUGACUUACUCAUAGAGGAAGUCGAACUCCUCGUCAGUGAUGGUCACGCCGUUCUCGCCCUCGGCCAGGAUCUUCAAGAACCUGACGCGCACCUCGGCCUUGCUCCGCUGCGGAAUCCGCGGCAGGAUGAGGCACUGCACAGACACACAGCCGGACGGACGCGUGUUUGUACUGUGUGUGGUUUGUGGUUUGUGUGGUGCUUUGGUGCCGUGUGUCCAUACGUGCGGCAGGUUGAGCGCCCGCAGUCUGCUGUGCGGCGGCAGCCCCAGCAAAUCGAUCAUCUUAAUCAGCGAGCCGUAGUCAGAACCCAGAGGACACUAACACACAGACAGACACACACACUUAUCUCUGUCUGUGUGUGUCUGUGUGUGUGGCUGUGUGUGUGUGCAUGGCUCGGUCGGUCGGCCAGUGGCUGACUCACAUCGAAGGGCGAGCAACGGCAUCCGAGCAUCCGAGCGAGUAUGCACCCUGCACACAGACAGACAGACAGACAAUAAGCAUCCCGCAGGUGCCAUGUGGCCACGCGUCUUUCCCUCCCUCCCUCAUACCAGCAGCCCAGAUGUCCACGGCGGUCCCGUGGGUCCGCUGCCCCAGCACCGCCUCGGGCGCCCUAUACGAUGGCGUCCCCAACGCAGUCGGGUUCUGAUGAAUGGCACAACGGAUUCACACGUGUCGCUGACACAUGGCGUCGGCGGGUCAGUGCGGUACUUACGGUGUGUCGGACGGGCGGGGCGCCGAGGCUGUCCAGGAGACGGCCGUGGCCGAGAUCGGUCAACAACAACUUCUCACUGCAUCCACACAGACACGUAGACGGACACUGUGUGUGUGGGUGUGGGUUAACGCCUGUAGGUGGGCGGGGGGGAAUGUUGCAUACCGUCCAGGUGUCGUGCUGUUGUUGAGCAGGACGUUGGCGGGCUUGAGGUCGCGGUGGGCGAUGUCGUGCGAGUGAACGUGGGCCAACGACAGCAGCAGCUGUCCAAUGCAUGCAACACACACAGCAGAUAAGGGGCAUCCCAUGGCUGUGUGUGCCUCUCUUGCGCACCUGGAACAUAUAGCGCUUGACCUGCUCGGGCGGCAGAAUACGAUCCACUUUGACCUUUCGCUGCAUUCGCGAAUGCAUGACAGCACAGCACACACAUACACACACGAUGGUCCAUCCGUCGGCUCUGUUGGUUUCCUUCGUUUGUUUGCUGGUCUGCUUACCGGUGGGAAGAUGCGGCGGAGAAACCUGGAGAGGUCGCCGCCGGAUGCACACUCCAUGACCAUGUAGAGCCGCCGCUCCUUACCAGACACCCAGGCCUCGAAGACCUUGGCCACAUUCUGGUGCUUCAUCUUGCUCAGAAUGGCCUGCAUCACAGCCACACACACACGUCGAUAACAAAAGGACAUGGCAUCAUUGCAUACACCCUCCCUCCCUCCCUCCCUCCCUCCCCACCUCACCACGUCGCGCAGAGCCUCGACAGGGAUACCCUCCCGGCACGUCGAGAAGUCCUGCACCUUCACGGCGUAAAGACGGCCCGCCUUCCCUUUGAGCUUCUCCCGCACCUGCAUCACCUUGCCGAACGCGCCGGCGCCCAGCUCACCGACGACAUCGUACUUGGCAUAGAGAGUCGGGUCCAAACUCGGGUCCACCUCGCACGCGGCUGACAUGAUGAGUGGACCGUGCUUCACUGGCUGAGUCCCUCAGAUGCAGGAUGAGCUGUCGAACAGCUGCCGUGCCGUUGAGCCCCUGCAGGCCUGCUGGGGAGGGGCUGACCCUGUCGCGCUGGCCGUCUGAUGGACUCGACGGAGGCUGGAUGAGCUGCCGCUACACUGCCGUCCGCAAGAGCCUCCAAGCCGUCACGAUGCCGCGGACGAGACCGGGGGGCGAGAGCGAGUGUCAGAGCUGAUGAACGUCAGCUCAAAUAGUCGCUGUCCAUGAC